CAAAAUGGUUCCCUCUAUGUGGCGGAUCAGUCGAGCUCUUACUAAAGCUGGCUACCCUCUGCGCCUUUCUUUAAGACGUGGACAGGCCUCUGUGUCUUAUGCUCAGAGCCUUCUAGGAGCUCCAGAAACUCGGCUCACUACCCUAGACAAUGGCUUGAGGAUUGCAUCUGAGGAGACCAACCAGCCAACAUGCACGGUUGGCCUUUGGAUUGGUUGUGGGAGCAGAUAUGAGACUGAGAAGAAUAAUGGAGCUGGGUUUUUCUUGGAGCACAUGGCAUUUAAAGGCACUAAGAAGCACCCUCAGUCUGCUCUUGAACAGGCAGUGGAGUCUAUGGGGGGUCACCUGAAUGCUUACACCUCUCGGGAACAUACUGCUUACUACAUGAAGACUCUUUCCAAGGACCUACCUAAAGCGGUGGAGCUGUUGGCAGAAGUAGUACAGAGCUUAUCUUUGAGUGAGGCUGAGAUGGAGCAGCAGAGGACUGUGGCGCUAAGAGAGCUGGAAGAGAUAGAGGGCAGCUUGCAGGAUGUUUGCCUGGAUCUGCUCCAUGCUACGGCCUUCCAGGGUACUGCUCUUAGCCAUAGUGUUUUUGGUCCUUCUGCCAAUAUCAGGACACUCACACGUAAUGAUUUGCUGGAGUACAUCAAUUGCCAUUUUAAAGCACCUCGCAUGGUCCUGGCCACAGCAGGAGGAGUGAGUCACGAUGAGGUUGUGUCUUUGGCCAAGCAGCAUUUAGGGGGAAUUUCUUUCGAAUAUGAGGGUGAUGCAGUACCUGUUCUGUCCCCGUGCCGUUUUACUGGGAGUGAGAUUCGCAUGCGGGACGAUGCAAUGCCUCUAGCACACAUUGCUAUUGCAGUAGAGGGACCUGGAGCUGCAAGUCCUGAUAUUGUGCCAUUAAUGGUUGCCAAUUCCAUCAUUGGUAGUUAUGACAUCACAUUCGGGGGUGGAAAGCACUUAAGUAGUCGACUGGCUCAACGGGCUGCAGAGCUGAACCUGUGUCACAGUUUCCAGACCUUCUACUCCUCAUACAGCGAUACUGGACUGCUGGGAAUUUAUUUCGUAACUGAGAAACUUAAAAUCGAAGACAUGAUGCAUUGGGCUCAGAAUGCCUGGAUAAAUGUAUGCACCACAGUGACCGAGAGUGAUGUGGCUCGAGCUAAAAAUGCUUUGAAGGCUAGCUUAGUGGGACAGCUCAAUGGAACUACACCUGUUUGUGAUGAAAUUGGCAGGCACAUACUAAAUUACGGUCGGCGCAUCCCGUUGGCAGAGUGGGAUGCCAGAAUCGAGGCUGUGACUCCCAGUGUUGUCCGCGAUGUCUGUUCUAAAUAUAUAUAUGACAAAUGUCCAGCUGUGUCUGCAGUCGGACCAAUUGAGCAGCUGCCGGACUAUAACAGAAUGAGGAGUGCUAUGUUCUGGCUUCGGUUUUAAUUGUUCUUUGGAAAGCAAGCAUUCAGUGAUUUCCUUAUAAUUUUCAAACCCUUAUCUUGUAUGUACUUGAGGGGUAGAAAAUUUGCCCUCGUUUUCUUUAUCCAUCACUUUCCAAAGAGUAAUUUGGUGCAUUCAAUGUCGGACAUGAAGCGGAGCUAUUUAAAAAUUUAUGCGAUGCUUUAUUUCUGUUCUGUUUGUGUAAAUAGCAAUAGCUCUAAUACAACUUCAAAUAAAACCCUGUCACACUGAA